UUGACCAUAUUCUUCAUCUCUACUUUCUGUUUUGGAGUUCCCUUUGGCUGGAAAUUAAAAAAAAAAAAAAAAAAAGAAAAAGAAACAGAGCUCUUGUUUUUCUGGAAGAGAAAACAGAGCUCUUGCGUCUGUGUGAAGGUGUGACGAGUUUUCGAUCUGACGAUCUGGAUUUUGUGUUUGUUUUCCUCUGUACAGAAGUGUCAUAUAAACACAGAUGGAUGUCCCGCGUUCGGAACUGGAAGGAACAAGCAACGAAGAACGUUCUACAAUGGUAUUGCAUAAAUAUAUCUCUUCCCUCAUCACCAUGCUAGGCAUCUUCAUCCAACUGAAGCAGGGAGCUAAAAAUGAGUCUAUGUUCGAUACAAACUACACGACUAUGGUGUCUCUUAUUGUUGCCAUACUCGCUUAUGGCGGAUCACUAAUUGGCUUUAGAGGCCCUAAUUCGUGUUUGGCAGAAUCAAUCAUCAAUAAGAUUAGCCUCCUCUUUGGAACUCUUGCCGUGGUUUUGGAAGUGGUGAUCCUUGUGCCAGUUUUAGGGCUAGUAGCUGGGUUGCUCUGGGUUGUUUGGUUAUUGAAAGUUGUACGAAAUGACUACCCCUUCGAGUACCUCAAAACGUUGUAUGAAAAUGCAAUUGCAUUAGUUGUUCCUACAUUUGGCAAAUUGAAAGACUAUCUGAACAUGAUCAUCCGACAUUUCGCAACGGAACCCAAAGAACAAAUUGAUGAGCUUCCUCAAGUAACCACAGUUUAGGUUUGGGGUAUUUCUUUUACUCAUUAUUUUUCUCCUCAUUUUGUUGAGUUGGACUAUAUUGAACCCAACAUAUGAAUAGUUAAGUGCGAAGUGGUAAUAUGUGAAAGAAAAUU